GAUUUUUAAAAAAUGCAUUUGAUACAUUGUGACGUGCAAUAAGAAAUGAUCGAUUCUUAAACUUAUGAUGACGUAGUUACCAACAAAGUCCAGGCUUUGUGGAGUGAGGAGGUGCUCAGGAGGAUUUCGUGUCGUCUUUUGUGGUGCAACUCGUCCCUAAAAAAAACAAAAAACCGUCGGUUCAUUAAGCAAUUUUCAAGUGUUAAAGUCGUAUCUAGGGUGUAGAUGAAAUUUUUGUCAUGGUUAUACUUUAGAGUUUGUGAGUUGGUGUUACUACGAGACGAGCAGUUUGAUCAGAGCGGAGUUGAGACGCGGAGUCGAGGCAGCAGAAGCAGCAGCAGCGAGGAGAGGAGAGGACGAGUCUACACACACACACACCACCUCCUUUCUCGCUCUGGAAAUAUGUUCAAAUUGCUCGGAAAUUGGUCUCCAAAAUCUUCGGACUCAUGGUGAAGAGAAAGAAGAUCUCGGGAAGCGCCGAAGAGCUGGAAAAUGGGAUGACAGUGGGCCAGCAGGCCGGUUCGGGAAUCGAAGGCUCGAACAAACCCAUCCGAAAGCUCGAAGGCUGUGAGGAAGAGGAGAGCGCGGCGCGGACACCGAGCGAGCAGCCGAGCACAAAGAGGGACGGCGAGGAGGCGCCGAGUCCGCUCGCCUCCGGGGCAUCACCGAACCCGUCCGGAGCGCAGCCGAACCCCGCGGGCUUGGGCUCCCCUCCGGCCGCGCAGGACCAGCAUCACUUCCUCCGCUCCAGCGUGCGACCGCCGAGCAAACGGAUCCGCAAAGACGGGCCCUCUGUGAACGGACACGGCGGCUCGAAAUCCAAAGGGAGUGAUACGGUUCCUACUGUGUCUGCAUCAGGUCAUGCAGGCUCAGGAGGAGGUGCUGCAGCUGGAGGGAGCUCUCGCUCUGCCCCCAGGAGCCAGGGCCCGGUAGAGAAAGAUGAAGGAGGAGGUAAUCAAAAGCGUGCACGUAGACAAUGGGAGUCGUGGAGCACGGAGGACAAGAACUCGUUCUUCGAAGGACUAUAUGAGCAUGGGAAGGACUUUGAAGCCAUACAGAAUAACAUUGCUUUAAAGUAUAAGAAAAAAGGCAAACCUGCUAGCAUGGUGAAAAACAAGGAGCAGGUUCGUCACUUUUACUACAGGACCUGGCACAAGAUCUCCAAACACAUUGAUUUCAAUAGCGCGUAUUCCCGCACACUGAAGAAAUCCUCACAGGAGCUUUAUGGACUCAUCUGUUACGCCGAGCUCAGAAAGAAGGUCGGAGGCUUGAUGGAUGACAAGAACGUCGCCAAACUGAAUGAGCUCAUCCUGCAAGGGGCCACCACAGUUCGCUCUAAAGGCAGGAACCUGAGGAUCAAAGCCCCCAUGUGUCGUGCACUGAAGAAACUGUGUGACCCAGAUGGAGUAAGUGACGAGGAGGACCAGAAGCCGGUUCGGUUGCCCCUGAAGGUUGCAGUGGAGCUGCAGCCACGUAGUAACCACUCAUGGACCCGGGUUCAGAGUCUGGCCCAUAAUCCCCGCCUCAGGAUGGUCGUGGAGUUGCACAGGAAAGUGUCUACUCUUAUCGAGUUCCUGAAGCAAAAAUGGGCUGUUCAGGACCAGCGAAUUCUUAAAAGUCUAGCCGAACGGGAAGCACUAGAAGGCGUAACGAUGCCCGGCGAGUCCGAAGAGCUGUUCCUUUACCCGUCAGAAAGCAGCACAGUUACCGUCUUACCUGAAGUAGCACGCGUGGUUCACUCCAAGGCCACCUGUACUGUGUACUGGCAGGAGACCGGGCGUGGUCGACCAGGCAUCCGAGACCUGCCAGCGGCCCAGAUUCUAGGGAUUCAGCCCGUCCGAGGGACGGGGAAACCAGGGAAGGCUGUCUCUGGAGGUGGAGACGUAAAAAGAGCUGAUGGACAAAUACCCGAGAGUUCAGAAAGCAGCAACUACACUCCCAGAGCAGAGAGCACUUUAAGCAUGCCCCAAAACACUACCACUUCUUCUUCUGUCACUCCAUCUUCUACAAGUUUCCCGCCUUUACCAGGACAGGAAGCCGGCGGAACUGGGAAUUCUGAUUCCUUGGGCACGUCUCAGUCCCCGAUGUGUUCUAGUGAAGUGAGUAAAGAUGUUGUCAGUCCAGGAGAGCCCGUUCUGAUGGACCACAGUACAGAGAUUCCUUCAGCAGGUGGUGCCUCAGCAGAUGGACCUCCUCCUGAUCUCCCGGGUCGUGUGGAGGACACGUCCGUGACCGGUCGCUCGCCGCAGCAGAUCCGCGAGGACGGCUGGAGCUCACAGGGCUCAGAAAACGUCACCCUAGCUGAACUCUACCUCAUGAUGGGCAAGCCCGGAAAGCUGCAGUUAGAAUACGAGUGGCAGCCGAAGCCCCGUCCUUCAUCCCUUCCCACCACUCACAACGUGCUCCGGUGCCUCCUCAGACUCGUCUCCUCAGAGGUCAACCCCAAACCUGCUUCAGACAUGUGUUCAGUAGGGACAUCUCCUAUCAAGCCGGGUCAGGAAGAACAAUCCCUGACACCGCCAGGCAAAACCCAGGCUGUGGGAACUCGCAGUCCCAACUGUGGGCGGCAGCAACACACAGUACGCGGGAAAACACUGCCUAAUGCCGCUGGCUCAGGCGGCCGGAAUCUACCACGUUCACUGUUGGUUUCUGGCAGCGACGGUGACGGGGGUGUGUUCGCUGUUCCGACGACACUGCCACCGAACAGCUCCCGACACGUACGGAUGUUUUCUCCCAAUAAAGAGGCGGAGCUGGCUUUCCGUCAGCAGCUGGACUCGAUCAGUUCAGACAUUUUCUUCCACAGGGCACGAAAAAUAGGAAGGGGCCGUCCACUGAGGAAGCCACUUGUUGUGCAGAGAACAUUGUUGCCUCGAACAACAGGAGAUGCCUCUCAACAUGUGUGCUCUUUCUCAAUUCUUUCCAGCUCUUCAGCUACUGGCACUGGUUCUUUUCGUCCCAUCCAAAGUCGACUGUCGUCUUCUCGUCCCCUUGCACUCAAAGCCGCAUCCACUACAACAAGUACUGCUGUUUCUAAUGAACUGUCCAGUGCAAUCGACCUGGCAGCAAAGUCUGCAGGCAUUAUCCCAGGAAGCCCGUGUCCAGAUGUAGAGGCUCCUGCUGUGGAUGCCCCGGCCCUAAAUUCAAGUCUUUUGCCACCUGAGCCUACCACACCCCCAGCACCUUCUGACCCUGAACCUGAACCCGAGCCGGAUCCUGAGCCCGAGCCCAGUCAUGAGCUCCUGCAGCAAGAGACGGAGGGUUCUUUGCAGAACGGGGUCCCUCCUCCAUCUCCAGAGGGUGGCGACUCCCUAUUGGCACCUCCUAGUGUCGCAUCUCUAUUGGACAUUUCACUCCCUGGCCCCCCAGACGAAUCCCUCCCUCCUGGCGAACCUCACACUCACAUCAGCGACUCCAUUAUCGAGCUUGCCAUCAGUUCUGCACACUAUGGUGGGGGUGAAGGAUCAGCUCUUUCUCCCCCUAAGGUCAAUGGGAGUGACAGGUCAAAGCUUCUUCCCUCCCUCCCAGACAGUCCCAGUCAUAGCUGGAUGCCUUCACCUAUGCACGAUCCCCAGUGGUACCCCAGUGACUCUAGUGACUCGACUCUGGGCUGCCUGCUCUCAAGUCUGGUGUCACCAGAUAAAACCCGGAGGACUGUGCUACCCCCUGCAGGCCCUUCCAGUGGUACAGCCUUACUCGGCCCCAGCCUGCUUGACAGUAACUCCCAUGAUUCCUUUCAGGCCCGUGGCCUGCCUGAUGUUGUUGAGGUUGAUACCCAGCUGGCCUGCAUGAUGAGCGAAAGCAGUGUCGACUACAUCGCCCGCUUCAACGACCUCGCCCAAGAGCUGUCUGUCUCCGAGACAAGCCUCCCUCCUCCAUGAGCCUGAGGCAAAACUUCAGGAGGAGCUUUUUAUAUCACCACAGCAAUGUGGAAGGACACCAGUUCCUCGGGGGGGGGGUGAUGGAGAGAAUGUGUUUCAUGUGAUUCACCUUGUGGGAAGUGCAAUAAAAAAAAACUGUCAUGAUCCGUGAUCAUCGGGAUCAAAUAAAUGCGUGUAUGGGUGUUUGCCUGCCCAUCGUUUCGUCCGUGGAGUGCAUUUCACGCGCCACGCUUGGGCCACUUUCUAAACGAAUUUGUUUACAAAGCAACCUCAUGUAUAGAAAUCUGCCAUAUCGGAACAAAUAUCGCCUCUUGUUGUGUCUUGUCCUUCUUUUUGUCCGUCCUACUCUGUUCUGUGUAUGCACGAGUGAGCCAAGGCUACGGCUCAGCCGUUUUGUCUGAGUGACAUUGUUUCUUCAUUGAUGCAAUAGAUCUGUAGAUCUGUCUCCGCUCAUCAUCCUGAAAAAGCCAUGAGUGUGUACAUAGUACACAACAUCCAUGUACAGUCUGUCUUCAUAAUCUAUGGCUUCAAUCUGAUAAUCUUUUCCAGAUUUUACUCAAAUUUACAUAAAACACUGAUAUGGAGGGUUUAUUUUUUUUUGUGUCUUGUCAUCAUGGGAAUGAUUAAAACUAAUUUGAAACAACACGAACAAAACGCUAAAGGAAAAUAAACGGCUGUAUUUAAGGAGCAAAUGUAUAUUUAACCUAUUACUUUAAGAAUCCCUAAAUUAAAUAAUAAAGUAACUGAUUGCUCUACGGUUUGAUGUUUGACCUUCAACACUACCUUUUAUCGUAUGCAGUUUAAUUGAAGCCAGUAAUCGAUGGUUGUGAGCCUUCUGUCUGUGAUGGAAUGAAUGUUUUGAAUGUAAAUAGACCAUAACAGAUUUAAGCAUUGACUGUGCUUUUAUAACAUGCUGUAAAUUAUUUGGAUUAUUUAUUAAUUUACGUGUUGCAGCUGUUUUUUUUAUUAUUUUGGAAGGCAUCAAAGAGCUUAUUGCAGUUGUUUUGGAGAUUUCUGCGUUUGUAUACGCAAAAGGGUUUUAUGCCGCAGUGUAAAUAUAAAUUUCCUACAAAGC